GCGACCCGUGGGUCUAGCGCGCUUUACUAUUAUGGCGGUCGACAAAUCGGUUCUCGUUUACGAAAGAGUCAGUCGGGAAACUUUUUCUGAAGAAAUAUGCCACAAACGGUUGCCUGCUGUGCUAAGAGGCCUCGAUUUAGGACACGCGACUCGACGUUGGACUGCAGACUAUCUCAAAGAAAAAGUAGGGAAAAGAAGCGUAAAGCUGCACGUCUGCCCUACAGAACGAAUGGACUUUGUUGGCAAAAACUUUUUGUACAAGACACUGCCGUUUGAUGAGUUUGUGACCAGGGCUUCGAAAUCAACUCAGUGUGAAUUUUUUAUUUGCAAAGAAGAAAAGUAUUACCUCAGGUCAUUAGGAGAUGACCCCAGGAAGGAUGUUGCAGACAUUAGACUACAGUUCCCAGAGCUUGCAGGAGAUAUUUCUAUCCCACAAUUGUUCUCACAAGAAAAACUGUUUUCAUCAGUUUUUCGUAUCAGCUCAGCAGGCAUUCAUCUGUGGACACAUUAUGAUAUAAUGGAUAACCUUCUUAUUCAAGUGUGUGGACAUAAGCGGAUUACUUUAUUUCAUCCUAGUGAUGCUCUGUAUCUGUACCUGUGUGGUGACAAAUCUGCUGUUUUGAAUAUUGAUGAUCCUGAUUUAACAGCUUACCCUCUUUUUAAUCAAGCUGUAAAACACGUGUGUUAUCUCGAUCCGGGAGAUGUUUUGUUCAUCCCAGCUUUGUGGUUUCAUAAUGUCGUAUCAUUGGACUUCAGUGUUGGUGUGAACGUGUUCUGGAAGCAACUGGACGAUAAGUUCUACGACCCUAGGGAUACAUACGGUAAUAAAGACUUACUACCUGCUGCUAGAGCUUUUCAGAUUGGUGAUCGGGCUGUAAAGGCAUUACAAGAAUUGCCUGAUGAUUACUGUGAUUUCUUUGCUCGUCAGUUAGUAUCACGUAUUCAGAAUAAAUGCUACAGUAAAACAUAGUUAUGUCAAACUACUUGUUGUUGGCAUGUCAUGUUGUCGAUAUUGUAAACGGUCGGUAAAAUCAAAUGUCUGAACAAUAUUUGAACAGUUUUAAUUAAGUGGAGGUACAGAUAUCUCUAGUGUAGUCUGGGGUUUGUAGCUUGUAUGUACGGAUAAGCAGAUAUGCACUAAAUUAGGAGAAAAGCAGUGGAAUUAAACAAUA